ACGGCGCGCGGCUCUCUCCCCCUUUGGCGAUUUUCCGCCCCUUUGGGGCGAUUCACAUUUUCCGGCCGCCAUGGCCACCGGACGGCCGCCGCCCCCCUCCCAAACACUUCCUCUCUCUGAGACGAUCUCUUUGGACCCAAACUUCGCCGGAAAAGCUGCUGGGAAACGGAAGAUCGACGGUGGCGACUCCCCCUCUGCGGCGCUGUUUUUUCCGGCCACCAUAGACGCCGGCGAGACCUCCUAUGGCUUGGAAGCUCUUCCUGACGUCCAGACGGUUCCAACGCGACCAGCCUCACCGAUUUUGGACGCCGGAAUCGCCAGAUCGCUCCAGCAACCCGUCACGGCGGCUUUCGGCGGGUCAACGGCAAUUCCGGCCACCGUCGGGUCAAUUGGGGAUGGGAAUCUUGUGCAAAACCUUCCUGGACCUUCCACCAUCACUUUUGGAGCAUCAAUUGUGCAUAUUGAUCAGGAGAAACCAAACCCCCAAUUUCGGCCACCUAGGGUUUUUACGGGCAAAAAUCCUUCAAUUCGACAAGCUACAGGCAAAAUUGGGAAUGGAGACUUGGAUAUUCGAGUUCCUAACAAGAAGACGGUUCGAACGGCGUUGGUCCCGUCCGAUUCUGCUCCGGCCAAUUUUCUGGCGACGGUCGCCGGAGCUCCGCCGGCGAUGGCGGCGCCGGCCACCGGGAAAGUUCCAGAAAAUCCAGCUCCUCCUCCUGACCCCAAAAACCAUACUCCUAGCCUCGCUCAAGUGGUUUCAGCUUCCAAUCGCAUCAAAGUUCCUACGCCUGUUACGGAGCCGUUUCCUGAUCGCGAGGUGACAAUUCAUCGAGGAUUGCCCGCUGUUCGUUUCAUGCAGUCUGAGGUCAGCCAACUGGAGGUAAAAUCGGGCAAAGGUUCUCGACCUCCCACUUCGGAAGAAUUGCAAUUGCUAGAGACAUCUGACGAGCCUGAGGAGCCUGUUGACGAUCUUGAGUUUGAUGCCUCCGCCCUCCCCUUUGCUUCUACUGAUAUUGAUUUAGGGAGGAGGAGGGAGAAAACCCCUCGUACUCCUGUGGUCCGCACUCCCAUGAUUUGCACUUUGAACCGUUCGGCCAACACCAUUCCUUCGAAUAGGGAUUUUGAGCCCUAUCCUUCGUACUGUCAGGAUCCCGGUCCUUCGUACGAGGAUAUGCAUGAAGUCCGCUAUCAUUGUGAUGGUCGUAGGUACAGUGAGGACUCCGACUUUUCAGACGAGGAGGAGGAUGACGUGAUCUGGGCUGAGGAGCAGGAAGACAUAAGAUACAAGUUUGAGCCCAAGUCCAAAGUUGGAUACUAUGGGAACAAUCUUCAGCCUUUUUAGCGGGACUUAGAGGCGGCUGGGUUGUCCCCGCCGCGGAACUACCGAAAGACGCGUUCGAGAUACCGUGAUUAUGAGGAGCGGUUCUUGGGCUGAUCCACUGUCCUGCUAUCUGGUCCUUUGGCUUUGACAGUCGGCUCUACUUCAUUGU